AUGCCUCUUAUUAAAAUUAAAGUUGAAUGGAACGGAUCAAAUAAAGUAUUAAACCUUGAUAGAUCCCAUGCAAAUUUAUAUGGAAGAUUAAUGAUGGAACUUGAACAAAAAAUUGAAGAAGAAUUCUUAUUAUUUUCAGGUCCAUUAAUUGUUAGUGAUGAAGACUCUCUUGUUGCUGCUAUUGAAGAUUGUGUUAAUGCACAUCAACCUUUCCUUCAAUUAGUUGCUCGUCCAAAUAAAUCAAAGAAAUCAACACCAUCAACUCCAGCUAAACUAGUUGUUACACCAACUACUUCUUCUCAACCACAAUCUAAACCAGUUACUACUCCAACUAAAUCUACUGAGCCACAACCUAAACCAGUUAGUGGUGCUAAAUUCUGUCCAAAUUGUGGAACAAGUAUUAAUGGAAGUAAAUUCUGUCCAAAUUGUGGAGAAAAAAUUAUUGAAUCAAAUCCAACAACUACACAAAAGAAAGAAGAAAGUAAACAAGAAGAACAAAAGAAAGAAGAAAAAAAAAAACCAAAAGAAAAUAUCAAGAAAGAAGAGUCAAAAGAAAAUAUCAAAAAAGAAGAACCAAAAGAAGAGCAUUCAUGUAAAAAUGCUUGUCAUCCAAUAACUGAAAAAGGAGAUAAAGAUCAUUGUGGUAAAUGUGGAAAAGAAGUUUCAAGUGGAGUAAUGGCACUUGAUAGAAUAUGGCAUGAAGAAUGUUUUGUUUGUAAUGAAUGUGGAGAGCAUUUUGGAGGAGAACAUAAAUUAAUGGAAAUUGAAGGAAAUCCAGUAUGUUCAUUAUGUUAUGUUGCUAAUCAUGUUCCAAAAUGUGAAACAUGUGGUAAACCAUUAGAUGGUCAGUAUGUUGUAGUUGAUGGAAAGAAUUAUCAUCCACAGUGUUUUGUUUGUACCAAUUGUGGUGCACCAAUUCAAGGGUCUUACAUGAUUAAAAAUGGCAAAAUUGUUUGCAAGAAUUGUGCCUAA